AUGGGCCCUUGGCGGUGCGGUGCUUUUGAAAAAGAGAAAGGGGACUUGGGCCCAGAGUCACCCUGUGCGGGCGGCCCCGUCCUCCCUCAGCCCAGGGUCCCGUUGCGCGCCUACACCCCUUUCUUUGCGCUAGCCCCUUUUCCUGGCGUGCUUCUUGGCUAUCACCUUCAAUACUUUGUCGCGGCUCUUCAACAGCUCUCGCACUUAGUGCAUGAAGCGGCGAUGGGCUUCCUGCCUGGCAAAGGAGAGGCAUGCGAAGUCAAGAGCUCUUUACUUAUUUUUCAUAUCGACCACUUGAUUGACGUUGGCUUUGCGGAUGCGGUCUUCAUGGGCUCACUGGCCCCUGUGAAACCCGAUGACGGCGCCAUGCUGGAAUACAUUAACCUCAUUCGGUGGUUGGGGGAUCGAUUUGUGAAACGCUGGAGAGACGCCACGCACAGCAAAAAAUCCUAUCAAACUGUGCGUACUGCCAGUUCCUUGCAGAAUUUGUGGAUUGCGGUAAAAAAUACCGCGGAUGCCAUCAGUUCGCACACAGUACUGCAAGAAGAUAUCUUUAAUCGUCUUUGUAUUCGCGUCCCCAAGCGACGGGCAAUAAAAGCUUUCUUUACAGAAGGGAACUUUCCGUCAUGGUCCUGGAUUGCUUGCCUCAUGUGGACCUCCUCGACGGCUUUUGCAACUGUUGUAUUGGCUUGGCUGGAGCGGGCUUUAACGCCUUGGUGGAGUCGUAUGACAAUUUCGACGUUGACGGUAAUAAACUUUGCCGGGUUCCUGCUUUUGUUUUACGUCCUCGCAUUGUGGCGGCCGCGGCUUCGGCGGCUGUCGGGGCUGCUUUCCGAGAAUCAUCUGGCACGGUCAAUCGCAUCUCAUUCGGGGCGCGAGCUUUCUCGGGCGGGAAAAGAUGUUGAGUUCGCCAUUCGCAGCCGAGAAGACGCGGUGGUGACGCUGGCGAUCAAGUCAAGUGUGUUGAAUCGGCAGGUCGUUUUGAUUGGUGUCGUGGGUAGAAAAUCCAUGAUCAUUUGUAGUUGGAAUCGGGCCGCCCAUGUGGCCACGGGCAUUGCACCUGAGCAGGCUAUAGGAAAAUCCCUUGAGGCUGUCAUGGAUGUCAAAAGUGUCGCCUUGGCCCGUCGUCUGUUGCAGGAAUUAGACGAUAAACCCAGGCAGCAGCAGCGACUCCAGAUUAACAGUGUAAAGAAGAAGUUUCCCGUGACUAUUAAGGCAACGACCACGAUUGCCCAUGUGGAUGGCUUUCCCAUUGGUAUGUUUGUCGGCACAGUUGUGGAUGAGGAGCAAGAGGCAAGGAUGUCAUAUUUUUCACGUGUGAAUACGUAUGCAGCACUUGCUGUGUUGAGACAUUCGGGAUGCGCCUCCUCAUUACUUGAGACACUAGUGGCAAGUAAUGCGUGGGAUGCGCUGAAGCAGCGCACAAACAACACCAUGCGUAGUUGGUGUCUGGUCACUCUAGAGGAGUUGCUAAGGCCGUUGAAGGAACUCCCAGAGUCGCGGUUUAAGGUGCAAACAGGCGAGGGUAUUCCAAAGCAGUUUCAAGCGGAUUGCAAUGGCAUCCAGGAAUUAUUGUCAAGGGUCGCAGGAUGGAUUUUGGUAGAGGAAGUUGAAGAACUGACACUCCUGGUAGCCUGCGUGACAUGUGGGAUAGAGGGGCAGUUGGCGCUUCAGCUGGAUGUCACUGUGCCUGGGACUUCAACUAGGCUGCUUAGGCCCCAACCUGACACAUUGGAGCUCAUCAGCCUCAUUGGUUUUCUUACCAUGACCUCGAGUACCUGUUUACAGUUUCUUCUCCCCAUCGCCCUUCGGCAUUUUGAUGCGGCGGGGAAGAAUAAUGAAAUUCAGAAGGAUAAUUGCGGGGAGCGCCGUUUUUUUUUUACAUUUAUCCUGCAUGAACCAGAUGUCGUUUACUGGCGUCAAUUCUAUGGAAUGUGUGACGAGACGCAGCACCGCGUUCUUUCUGUUAGUUCCCUUCCUGCCCUCAAAACUGCAUUGACGGAGCUUUUCAACGAACUCACGGCGGUGAUUUUAAGUGCGGCAUCACCCGACUUUGUCUCGAUGUUGAGCUACUGUCGAGACAAGGGUCAAUUUGUAGCGGUGACCCGAGAGCACUGCGACCGGGGCAACGAUGGCACGCUCGAGGUAAACAUGGACGGGCCUCCAAGUGAUGUGGUGAGGGAGGGAGAUUAUGUUUUGCAUACACCGCUGAGCGAGGAACGCUGGGUGUGUUUUCUGGACUACCUGUACGACGUCAAGAAACAGGUGUGUAAUGUGGUACCGCACGCCCCGAUGGAGUUGACCGUGGUUCGACGAAUAGGUGGGGGGUCAUGCAGCUUUGUGGAUCUCGUGCAGGACAAACUUACUGGUGGGUACAUGGCAUGUAAGACGGUUUUUAUCAACCAUGAGCGGACCCUGGAUGCCUUGGUAGAAGAGGUAGAUAUUAUGCGCCAGUGCUCGAGUCCGUUUAUUGUGCAAUGCAUUGUCGCCUUGCACUCGGUGUGGACGGCGGAAUUUCGUAUGAUAUUGCAAUUCUGCCCUGCGUCUCUGGAGCGGCAUGCCAGGGAGAACGAAGUUACACUCUCGCAGUUGGGGUUGUACGCCUUUCAGCUACUGAGUGCGGUCCAAUACUUGCAUGAGAAGGGCAUUGCCCAUCGUGACAUUAAGCCUGCAAAUAUAUUGAUGAUGAAUGAAAAUCAUCUAAAAUUGGCAGACUUUGGCUCUGCACAAAGAAAGCCGUUCAGGGAGGGCUGCGUACAUGGCGCCACCGCGCGGUUCAUGGCACCAGAACGACUGCUUCUGCUUCCUGAAGAAGACAUUGGGUGGCGAGAAACCCCAAUGGAUGGACUUUUUGCAGAGGAUAUUUGGUCUGUCGGGUUAACGCUACUCGACAUUGUCGGGAUGUAUCCUCCGGUGUUGGAGAAGCUAAGUGCUGUCAGAGAUUUUUUGGAUUUUUAUAUGAAGCUGCGCGACGGCGGUGAUGAGCUCCCAUUUGAACUCCCUGUGGAAACGUCAACCGAGCCGCCGGAGAAGCGUCGCGCCUUCCACGAUUUUAUAAAGGGGAUGCUGCAGUUGCAGCCAAAAAAUCGCAUGCGUGCCAGUGAGCUGCUCCAGCACGUCUUCGUGAGGGACGCUGCGGCUAGAGGCGACGUCGAGGAUGAACUUCUGCUUCCAGGGCCAAAUCCGUGGUUUGAGCGUGUCUCACUGAUGAGUCCUCACUUGGAAUACGCGGUCUGCCCUUCGCAGCGUUCUUUUUUUACGGCCUCUGCCCUUGACGGGGAGGCGGAGAACCGCGUUUUGUGGGAGGACUGUAACUCUACUGUUAAUUGA